UAUUUUUGUUGUUAUUUUUGGAAGUAUUGGUUUUUCGGAGUUGAAUGUGAACGUAACGUGUUUACUUGAAGCCGGCUAGCUAAACGAUAGAUCUCCUUCGUGAAGGAUGUUUCGAAAUCCUCAAGUCCAGACCUGGACAUGCUCCAUCAGAUCUCUGCUGCUGAGAGAGCCCCCGCUUUUCUCUGAGCAAGCUGCUUAUAGGCAUUCUGGAGCGAGUCAAGUGGAGGACAGGAGAGAAAACGGAGGAAGAAGAACAGAUGAUGCUGGGUCAUCUUCAUCCAACCAGACUUCACACUCCUCAACCCGGUUGCCUUCAUUUAGUUCCUCUGAAACCCUCACUUCCAAAGCGACGUUAAGUCCUCAAAAACACAAUCAUAGUGUGAGUUUUUUCUGGGAAUGUUUCAUCAGAAGGACUUUCUUCCAACAGUUUUUGAACCUCAGCCACCUUUUACUUAGUUGGAUUCAUCACGCUGACUUUCAUAUUUCACCAGUCCGUCCACGUCACAGACGGGACACUGCCUUCAGUUCAUCUAUGCACACACGGUGGAUUCUAGGCCAGCUCCAAAGCAAAGCAGUGGGUCAUAGUUUUCACCAAAGCAGAGCUGCACACCAUGCUGCCCCCCGUGUGGCACACACCUGGAGAGACUGUCUGUCUGCAGAGAAUGAGAACCGCUGUCGGCAGAACCUGCAGCCCAACUGGGAUCUGUACGACUCCAGCAAGGCGGCGAAAGGGCAGAGACAGGAGACGAGCCCCAAUAGAUGGGCCUCCGUCCUGGUGGCUCUGUGCUGCAUCGGGGAGGAGCCGUCUGUUCUCUUCACUCUGCGCUCCUGCACGUUGAAGGGCAGACACAAAGGAGAUGUCAGUUUUGCUGGAGGAAAAAGCGACCCGUCAGACAAAGACGUGGUGGCCACAGCACUCCGGGAAGCCCGGGAGGAGCUCGGUAUCAGUGUUCCCAGAGAAAAGGUUUGGGGGAUAUUAAAGCCUUUAAGAGACAUGUCCGGGAUGAUGAUUGUGCCCGUGCUGGCUAACCUGGGACCGCUAGAGGAGCUGACGUUUAAGCCAAAUCCAGAAGAGGUGGAAGAGGUCUUCACCUUGUCUUUGUCGCACCUCUGCAACCCCCAGAACCGCGGCUACACACACUUCCGCACAGGUGACAAGUAUGGAUACACGCUCCCCGUGUUUCGUAACGGGAAGCAUCGAGUGUGGGGUCUGACCGCCGUCGCCUUGGACCACACCCUAAAACUCAUCGUACCAUGACUGGCGUUAAAACCAAACUGAAGACUGAUUUAUCUCAGAAGAGUUGUUGAAACACCUUUGCUUUGUGUUGUUAAGUUAUCUAAAAUGAAGACAAAUUAUGUUGACUCAUCCAGUCUUUGUGUGAAACAUCUGAUCUGCAGCUGCUGAACGACCUCUAUUCAUGGAGUUACUGAAGUUUCUGGCUAAACCUGAUCUGUUUUGAUGUGUUUUUAUUUUCCUUUUAUUAUGAAAAGCAAAAAUAAAUAAAAGGACAGAUGCAGUAUUUUAACACACCUCACAAAGUUUUUAUUUUAAGUCCAGUCCCUUACUUCCUGAUGAUUUUCCAAGUUAAAUUAAUUCUGAAACCAUCUUUGCCUCAAGUUUUAUGUCUUUUUGUAGUUAUCCCAUCUUCAAUAAGCACACGAUUGUAAACGUAAUUAAUGUCAGUGUAAUUAUUUAACGAAAACUAUUGUAGACACUGAAGUAAAAGAGGCACAUUAGGAUGGAAUGUUUGGGUGAACAAUCAUUUUAUUUUUGAAGGUAUGUUUUCACUGUUGGCUCCGCUUUAAACCAAUGCUGUGUAUAAAAACAUGAACCUGGAACGUA